AUGGCAGACGAAAAACAUACCAACCCUCCCGAGAUUCAACUCGCCCUUGAUCACGAAAAGGCCCAAGAAGGAGAAAUCCUUGAAGCCCAAGAGAAAUCCAACGGCAAAGAUGUUGCGGCACACUUCCUCGCUCACCUGGACCCUGCCAUCGCGGUGGAACCUGUCACCGAGGCCGAAGCGCGCCGUGUGCUUUGGAAAAUUGAUCUGAUCCUCAUUCCCUUGAUCAUGGUGACAGUGGUUCUCGCCGCUAUUGAUAAGGUCAUCAUCUCAAAUGCGGCCAUCUACGGCAUGAAGACAGACACCCACUUGACUGGCGAUCAGUACUCUUGGGUAGGCUCAAUCUUCUACUUUGGAUACCUCGCCUUUGAAUACCCUACAGCGUUACUCAUUCAGCGGCUUCCUGUGGCUAAACUAACUUUUGGGGGCCUAGCCACCGUGCGCUUCUUAAUGGGCAUGACGGAAGCCGCCGUGUUCCCAAUCUCCAGCAUCUUGACUGUCAUGUGGUGGAAGACAAGCGAGCAGCCUCUCCGUGUCGCAUUCUGGUUCAAUCAGCUCUCCUCCGUCUUCUCCGGCUUGAUCAGCUACGGUAUUGGCCAAACGAACACGUCGGUAGGACCCUGGAGAUUGCUCUUCCUUGUGCUAGGUGGAUUCUCCGUCCUUUGGUCCGUCGUUUUGUACAUAUUCUUGCCCGAUUCGCCCGUGCAAUGCUGGUAUUUCUCGGACCGCGAGAAAUUCGUCUGCCUCGAGCGCGUCAAAGACAACAAUACCGGCAUGGAAGACAAAACCAUCAAGUGGUACCAAGUGCGUGAGUGUUUAGUCGACCCCAAGACUUGGCUUCUGGCGCUGUUUUCGCUGGCCCAGAACAUCCCCAAUGGUGGUCUGGUGACUUUCUCGGCUAUUAUUGUGAAGGGUCUGGGGUAUUCCUCAUUGAUCACCACCAUCCUUGGUAUCCCCACCGGUGUGCUUGCAACGGUCUGGCAGAUCAUGCUGGGCUUCCUAGCUGCUAGCGUGCCCAACUCCCGUUGUACUAUUAUCGCCCUGGCCAACCUGGUCCCCAUGAUCUGCGCUAUUCUGAUGUGGAAGCUGCCACGUGAGAACCAGCAUGGUCUUCUGGCGGCAUACUAUGUCUUCUACACCUACUGGGCGCCGUACGUGCUGUCGACUUCACUUCCAAUGGCCAAUACCAGCGGCCAUAGCAAAAAGUUGACCAUGAACGCCAUCUUCUUCUUGGCGUAUUGUAUUGGCAACAUCAUUGGUCCCCAGUGUUUCCGUUCCGAUGAUGCACCAUCGUACUCUCGAGGAUACGAGGGUCUUCUGGCCUGUCUUGUUGUGGCUAUAGUUGCCAUUAUUUCCUAUGGGGUUCUUUGCCGAUGGGAAAACUACCGCCGUGACAAGGAAGCCGAGUCAAAUGUGGAGAUAUCCGAAGCUGCAUUCUCGGAUCUAACCGAUAAAGAAAAACGCUCUUUCCGGUAUACUUAUUAG